AUGUCGCUCCUGGGGACUAUCAACCCUAAUCUCCCCGAGACCAAUCACGAGUCUACGAUGGUCUCGCGUGAAACUCGUCACCAUGACCCCGCCGCCAGCGUCAGCACCGACGAUACAACCGUCGAGAAGUCCGAAGAGAUCGAUGAGGAGAUGGUCGAGGCCGAGGUCACCGACAUGGCCCGGAAGCUCACUCGCGAAUCCACUCGCUGGGGUGAGGCCGAGAACACCUUCAUCGACAUGAAGGAGGAUUCGACCCUCAACCCGCACAGCCCGAACUUCAAGGCCCGCAACUGGAUGAAGAACCUGCUCGCCGUCACCUCUCGCGACCCCGAACGGUACCCCCAGCGCCAAGCCGGUGUCUCCUUCCGAAACCUCAGCGUGCAUGGACAUGGCAGCCCGACAGAUUAUCAGAAGGAUGUGUUUAACUCCAUCCUGCAGGUCGGAGCUUUGGCCCGCUUGAUGACCGGAACUGGAAAGCAGAAGAUCCAAAUUCUACGUGAUUUUGAUGGCUUGGUCAAGAGUGGCGAGAUGCUCGUCGUUCUGGGCCGUCCCGGUUCCGGUUGCUCAACCUUCCUGAAGACUCUUGCUGGUGAAAUGAACGGUAUUCAGAAGGAUGGCCAGUCCCACAUGAACUACCAGGGUAUUUCCGACAAGAAGAUGAAAAACCAGUUCCGUGGCGAGGCCAUUUAUACCGCCGAGACCGAUGUUCACUUCCCCCAGCUGUCUGUGGGAGACACGCUGAAGUUCGCUGCUUUGGCCCGUGCUCCGCGCAACCGCUUGCCCGGUGUUUCUCGGGAUCAGUACGCCACGCAUAUGCGUGACGUCGUCAUGGCUAUGCUGGGUCUCUCGCACACCAUCAACUCCCGCGUCGGUAACGACUUCGUGCGUGGUGUCUCUGGUGGUGAGCGCAAGCGUGUCAGUAUCGCAGAGGCUACCCUUUGCGGCAGCCCUCUGCAGUGCUGGGAUAACUCCACCCGUGGCCUGGAUAGUGCCAACGCCCUCGAAUUCUGCAAGACCCUGAACUUGAUGGCCAAGUACUCUGGCACAACCUGUGCAGUUGCCAUCUACCAGGCCUCCCAGAGUGCCUAUGAUGUCUUUGACAAGGUGACCGUUCUAUACGAGGGUCGUCAGAUCUAUUUCGGCCGUACCGAGGACGCCAAGGAGUUCUUUACGACCAUGGGUUUCGACUGUCCCGAGCGUCAGACUACCGCCGAUUUUCUGACCUCCCUCACAAGUCCUGCGGAGCGUCUCGUGAAGCCCGGAUUCGAACAUAGUGUGCCUCGUACCCCCGACGAAUUCGCCGCUGCCUGGAAGAAGAGCGAUGCUUAUACGCAGCUGAUGAGGGAGAUCGAGGAAUACGACCAGACCUACCCUAUUGGCGGAGAGUCGCUGCAGAAGUUCAUUGACUCGCGAAAGGCUAUGCAGUCUAAAGGCCAGCGCGUCCGCUCUCCUUACACCUUGUCUGUCAUGGAGCAGAUCAACCUCUGCAUGGCACGUGGCUUCCAGCGCCUCAAGGGCGAUGCAAGCUUGACCUUGUCUCAACUCAUCGGAAACUUCAUUAUGGCUCUGAUCAUCGGUUCCGUCUUCUACAACUUGCAGGACGACACCGACAGUUUCUAUUCUCGUGGUGCCCUUCUUUUCUUCGCCGUCCUGCUCAAUGCUUUCUCCAGUGCCCUUGAGAUUCUGACCCUUUACGCACAACGUCCCAUUGUCGAAAAACAAGCUCGAUAUGCUAUGUACCACCCCUUCACCGAGGCUGUCGCGUCGAUGAUGUGUGACAUGCCGUAUAAGCUUCUCAACGCCGUAACCUUCAACGUGACCCUUUACUUCUUGACCAACCUUCGCCGGACUCCUGGUGCUUUCUUCACCUUCCUUCUGUUCUCCUUCAUGACCACCAUGACCAUGUCUAUGAUUUUCCGCACUAUUGCUGCCUUUUCUCGAACCCUUUCUCAGGCUCUGGUGCCGGCCGCCGUCUUGAUUCUGGGUCUCAUCAUUUACACUGGUUUCACCAUCCCGCCCACUAAUAUGCUUGGCUGGUCUCGCUGGAUGAACUACAUUGAUCCCAUCGGAUACGGUUUUGAGUCUCUCAUGGUCAACGAGUUCCACAACCGAAACUUCACCUGCUCUUCUUUCAUUCCGUCUAACUUGAAUGUCUACAACAGCGUCGGCUUGGCCAACAAGGUUUGUUCUGCCAAGGGUGCUCGCCCUGCUUCCAAUAUUGUCAUGGGCGAUAAUUACCUCCACGACAGCUUCCAGUACUACAACAGCCACAAGUGGCGCAACCUGGGCAUCAUGAUCGGUUUCAUGAUUUUCUUCAUGGCUACCUACCUCAUUGGCACCGAGUACAUUUCCGAGUCCAAGUCUAAGGGGGAGGUUCUGCUCUUCCGUCGCGGUCAAGCUCCCAAGCGGUCCGAGCCCGGUGAUGUCGAGGGAUCCCAGUCGGUGGCCUCGGCUGAGAAGACUGACGAGUCGACCAAGGAAGUCUCUGCCAAGAUUCAGAGACAGACCGCUGUCUUCCACUGGCAAGAUGUUUGCUACGAUAUCAAGAUCAAGAGCGAGGAGCGCCGGAUUCUGGAUCACGUUGAUGGUUGGGUCAAGCCCGGUACUUGCACAGCCCUUAUGGGUGUGUCUGGUGCUGGUAAGACUACUCUGCUUGAUGUGCUGGCUACUCGUGUCACUAUGGGUGUUGUUUCCGGUGAAAUGCUUGUCGAUGGCCGUCUUCGUGAUCAGUCCUUCCAGCGGAAGACUGGUUACGUCCAACAGCAGGAUCUUCAUCUCUACACCACCACUGUCCGUGAGGCUCUUCGCUUCAGUGCCAUCCUCCGUCAACCCGAGCACGUCAGUCGCCAAGAGAAGCUGGAUUACGUCGAAGAGGUCAUCAAGCUUCUGGGAAUGGAAAGCUAUGCUGAUGCUGUUGUGGGUGUCCCCGGUGAAGGUCUUAACGUCGAGCAGCGCAAGCGUCUCACCAUCGGUGUCGAGCUUGCUGCUAAGCCCCAGCUGCUUCUGUUCCUUGACGAGCCCACUUCCGGUCUUGACAGUCAAACUUCCUGGUCUAUUCUCGAUCUCAUCGACACUCUCACCCAGCACGGACAGGCCAUUCUCUGCACUAUUCACCAGCCCUCUGCUAUGUUGUUCCAACGUUUCGACCGUCUUCUUUUCCUUGCGAAGGGUGGUAAGACCGUCUACUUCGGUGACAUCGGCGAGAAGUCCUCCAUCCUUUCCAGCUACUUCGAAAGGAAUGGCGCACCCAAGCUCUCUCCCGAUGCUAACCCUGCCGAGUGGAUGCUUGAAGUUAUCGGUGCUGCCCCUGGAUCCCACAGUGACAUUGAUUGGCCUGUCGUUUGGCGAGAGAGCCCCGAGCGCGUUAAGGUGCACGAACAUCUGGCUGAAUUGAAGGCGACCCUCUCUCAGAAGCCCGUGGAGGAGUCAACUGACAACCCUGCAAACUACAAGGAGUUCGCCGCUCCUUUCAGCGUUCAGCUCUACGAGUGCCUGGUCCGCGUGUUCAGUCAGUACUGGCGCACUCCCGUCUACAUUUACUCCAAGGCCGCUCUCUGUGUCUUAACGGCCAUCUAUAUCGGUUUCUCCUUCUUCCACGCCAAGAACAGUCUCCAAGGUCUCCAGAACCAGAUGUUCAGUAUUUUUAUGCUGAUGACCAUCUUCGGUAACUUGGUUCAACAGAUCAUGCCUCACUUCGUCACCCAGCGUUCUUUGUAUGAGGUCCGCGAGCGUCCUUCCAAGACCUACUCGUGGCAAGCAUUCAUGACGGCCAAUAUCUUGGUUGAGCUGCCUUGGAACACGCUUAUGGCUAUCCUAAUCUUCGUCUGUUGGUACUAUCCAAUCGGUCUGUACCGUAACACAUACGACACCGACUCCCUGCAUGAGCGUGGUGCACUGAUGUUCCUCCUGAUCUGGACCUUCCUUCUAUUUACCUCCACCUUCUCUCACAUGAUGAUCGCCGGUAUCGAGCUUGCCGAGACCGGUGGUAACCUGGCCAACUUGCUCUUCUCUCUUUGUCUUAUCUUCUGUGGUGUCCUCGCGACCCCGGCCAAGAUGCCCCGCUUUUGGAUCUUCAUGUACCGUGUCUCGCCGUUCACGUAUCUCGUGUCUGCGAUGUUAUCCACCGGUGUGUCUGGCACUACAGCCGUUUGCUCGCCUAUCGAGCUCCUCCACUUCACGCCUCCAUCCGGCCAGACCUGUGAGAAGUACAUGGCUCCUUACAUCAAAGCGUUUGGAGGAUAUCUCGAAGCUUCAUCGAAGAUGUCCACCACCGACUGCUCCUUCUGCACCAUCUCCUCCACAGAUACUUUCCUCGCCAGUGUGUCGAGCUACUACAAAGACGCUUGGCGCAACUUCGGCAUCAUGUGGGUCUACAUCAUUGUCAACAUCUUCCUGGCCGUGUUCAUCUACUGGCUGGCUCGUGUGCCCAAGGGCAGCCGGAGCAAGAGCAAGAGCAAGAGCAAGAGCUCCUGA